AAAGCGUAGAGAUUGUUGAAAAAAAAAAACUGAGCGAAAAAGAAGCCGCUAUUAUGUUCCUGAUCAUCGGAGCCAUCCUGGCCAGCGCCCUCUUCGUGGCCCUGCUGAUCUACCAGCUAAAGUUCAAGCGUUUGAUCGACAUGACCAGCUACAUGCCGGGUCCGCCGGUUUUGCCGCUGGUCGGUCAUGGACACCAUUUCAUUGGCAAGCCGCCGCAUAUGCUGGUCCAAACGAUAUACGAAUUCAUGGAUUUGUAUGCCAAGGAUGAGACCCUCAAAGUCUGGCUGGGGCCCGAGCUGAACGUCUUGAUGGCCAAUCCCAAGGAUGUCGAGGUGGUGCUGGGCACCCUGCGCUUCAACGACAAGGCUGGCGAGUAUAAGGCCUUGGAGCCCUGGCUCAAGGAGGGCCUAUUGGUCAGCCGAGGACGCAAAUGGCACAAGCGACGAAAGAUCAUCACGCCCGCCUUUCACUUCAAGAUCCUCGAUCAGUUUGUCGAUGUCUUUGAGAAGGGAUCACGGGAAUUGCUGCUCAACAUGGAGCGGGAUCGUGUCAAGCAUGGCAAUGCCGGCUUUGCCCUUUACGAUUGGAUCAAUCUCUGCACCAUGGACACGAUCUGCGAAACCGCCAUGGGAGUGUCCAUCAAUGCCCAGACUAACGCCGACUCGGAGUAUGUCCAGGCGGUGAAGACCAUAUCGAUGGUGCUGCACAAGCGCAUGUUCAACAUCUUCUAUCGCUUUGACUUGACCUACAUGCUCACACCACUGGCCCGGGCCGAGAAAAAGGCCCUGGACGUGCUGCAUCAGUUCACGGAGAAGAUUAUAGUGCAGCGGCGCGAGGAGCUGAUCCGUGGGGCUGCCGCCACCAAAGAAGGCAGCGCCAUCGAGAAGGACUCCGAUGUGGGUGCAAAGCGCAAGAUGGCCUUCCUGGACAUCCUGCUGCAAUCGACAAUCGACGAGCGGCCACUUACCAAUCUGGAUAUACGCGAGGAAGUGGAUACCUUCAUGUUCGAGGGCCACGACACCACCUCCUCGGCCCUUAUGUUCUUCUUCUAUAACAUAGCCACGCAUCCGGAGGCGCAGGCACGUUGCGUCCAGGAAAUCCGCUCUGUGUUUGGCCAGGACAAGAGCUCGCCGGUCACCUACGAGCUGCUAAACAAGCUGCACUAUGUGGAUCUGUGCGUCAAGGAGACGUUGCGGAUGUAUCCAUCGGUGCCCCUGCUAGGCCGAAAGGUGCUCGAGGAUUGUGAGAUAAAUGGAAAACUCAUCCCUGCCGGCACCAAUAUCGGCAUAUCUCCCCUGUACUUGGGCAGACGCGAGGAACUGUUCAGCGAGCCCAACAGCUUCAAGCCCGAGCGAUUCGAUGUGGUCACCUCGGCCGAGAAGCUCAAUCCCUAUGCCUACAUUCCCUUUUCGGCGGGACCAAGGAACUGCAUUGGCCAGAAGUUCGCCAUGCUGGAGAUCAAGGCCAUUGUGGCCAAUGUUCUGCGCCACUACGAGGUGGACUUUAUCGGGGACGCCUCAGAGCCGCCGGUGCUGAUCGCAGAGCUGAUCCUGCGCACCAAGGACCCGCUAAUGUUCAAAGUAAAGGAGCGAGUCUACUGAAGCAAUCACUUUUAAAUAAUGUAAAUACAAUUUUAAAAAUGCUCUCGAAACUAAAUACUUGGACUGAUUUGGGAUUUUAGGAAUUUUUAUCAAUCCAAGUGCUGCUUGAAAGUGCCACAUUAAUGAUAAACAAAAAUAUUUGAAUGGGAAAAUUCGCCCAAAAAUUGUUGAAGACAAAUCUUAUAUUUUUGCGCAUAAAAUUCCCAACUGGUUCUAACAUGAUGUGGAAGUACAUGUGUACUUUUUUGUGCUUUUAAAUAAAUAAAUUAAUUAAAUAUGUGCUAAAAUGUGCCAUUACAUGGUUUUUACCCAAAAAGUUAAUCAAUUUUAUCUUAAAUCAAGAAAAAAAAUGCUCUUAAAUUUAGGAAAAAACGGGUCCUAAACGUUAUUAAUACGUGUUUGUAAUAUAAUAAAUCAAAAAAAUAACCUUAUUUUUUUAACC